UGAACGUUGAUAUCGGGCAGUGUACAAGACUACCAGUUAGAAAACCAACUUACGACAUGGCUCUCUCCGUGGAAAGAAAACAUCGUGUAUAAUUCUCUAAUUAGUGGACUUUUUUCAGCCUUGACUCAUAGGAAUGAUCGCUGAAACUGUGGAAGGAUGGCUGACCAUUUUAGGUAAGUGACUGGGCAACUGAUGUUAAAUUAGAGAUCGGAAAUUAGAGAAUAAUAGCUUGCUAAUUCGAGUUUGAAUUUUUUCCUUCUCCGCCUCAGCCGAGGACGGAAACGAAUGGCUAAGCCGAUUGUGCGUUCUCUUCUCAAACGAAAAGAAACUGAGGACGUUUAUCGAUGAUGUAGUAAGUACUUUGUCACUCUAUCCUUAAAUGAGUUGUGUAGCAAAGUUAACAGUCUUCGUCGACACAACAUUUUAAGUGACUCAAACUUUCUCUUGUUUCUAUUUCAGGAAUAUCUUGAUUGCGCGCGGUUUUUGGCGGCCACAGCUAAAAUCAAGGCCAAACUUUGUGACAGCCCUGACCUUAUCUUAAAUCCAACUCAUGAAGGUAACCUUCACUAAUCUCAACUAUUAAUAUGCGAUUUUUUUUUUCAAAUCAGCUUUGAUGACUUUAUCAUUUUCCCGUAGCAAGAAAAUGAAUAUUCACUUAUUCAAAAUAUGGAACCCGUAUCUCAAUAUUAUCAAGGCCCUGAAUUUGAUAGUUCAUGCCGACCGUAGGUGUGUUUUGCGUCAUGUAGUAUUACUCCUUCAUGACUUUAUCUAAACAACAGCCUUUCUCGCUACGUGUUGUAUUUGACCGUCUUCGGCUUUGACCAACUAGACAAGGCGAGCUUUCAUAAAACUAAGGGCUCGGUUUAAUGUGUUACACAAAUCCGUUCCAAGCAGUUUUUCCGUAGGCCUGGUAUAACUGAGAUUUUAACCGAAAGCAAAAUGGCUUUUACAAUUCAUUUAAUUUCAUUUGUGAAAUAGCGAUCGAAUAAUUUGUGGUCAGCCCGAGGAAACUAUUUAGAGUUCUUUGGGGUUGAUCUUUCCAUAGCGAAUUUUCUUUUUAACUGUUCACAAUACGAUACGUCUUUCAACUCUAAAACUGACGAAUAAUUACCUUAGGUUACAUUACCCUUGAUUUUUUUAUUGCUUGUUUAAACAAUCACAGAGUAAACCUCUUGUUUUGAAUACUCAUGACCAAAACAAACUCAAGCCGGAGCGAAAAUUGCUUUGGACCGCUAAUUUCUUUAGCGAGUCAAAGCAGACCGUUCCCCUUUGUUUACAUUCAAUGACUCUGUAAAGCGUUUACAAGACUCUUUGUAUGUCAGUCUGCCGUGCUGUAUUGUUUAAAGAUAAUUGUUCACGAGACAAUUCGACUAAACAUUCUUCCAUAACUCGUGAAGAAGCAAAGCGUAGCCAGUAAUGUCGAGGAAAACAAGAGCUCUUAUUUUAGUACUAAUUUUGUCAUUUUUACCUCCAUGAUACAAUGCUUAGUCACCCGAUAGCAAUUACUAUUGUUGCCACUCUUCAGUAUUUCCUAGGUGAAUAAAUUCUUUACGGAACAUUAAUCUUAUGGUUAAAAAAAGAUUGUCAAGCUAGCUAAAACGCAUUAAAAUGCCUUUUAUACCUCGCGGUUGUUUCAAAACAACAAAAGAAAAUCUAAAUUUUACUUAAAGGUUUCGAACUUUUUAAAAAUAUAAUACUCUGGUUUAUGGCAAAUUACAGAGCUUAUAUUCACACGGAGACUAUUGCUCCAUCACCUUCUAACCUCGUGUUGGCGGUUCUUGAAAGCAACAAUUGUCAGAGCCGUUCAGCUGUCAAUCAAAGACACCGACUUAGCGUAUGAUCUUACCGAUAUUCUAUCGCACUCUAGAGGCUUCUGAGAAUUUUUUUUUUUUUGUAUUCAAAACUGUUUACAAAUUUGUUUGUUUUGGUGGAUAUGUAUUUCAUUUUAAACUUUUAAGUUAUUUUUCGUCAUUCAAUGCAAUGUAACGGGUAAAGGGGCUACCUUAGUUUUUUUUUUUUGUCCGGUUACACCAACCUGUUUGGUGUAAUUUACGAAUGAAGUUUUCAGCAUUUGUCUUUGCAAACAAAUUCGAGAACAAAAGUGGAAUGCGAGGCUUAAAACGUGGCUUUUGCAGUGUUUAUUAGGCUAAAAUAGGGAUUACUCCAAACAAUCGUUACUCUUUUCAAAAGUAAUUAACUAUGAGUUUGUCGACCAAACCGAGUCACGUCAAUUUUUCUUCUCCCUUCUCGUUUUCUACCAACUGAGAGAAAAAAAGUAAAAAUUUUUCAUCUUCUUCUUUUUACUCGAUUUUUCAAAGGCUUCUAUUACAAGAUUUGAAAUAUUGGGUUUCAUUAGAAAUUCCUUUUGGCGGUUUUACCUAGUUUUUCACGUGGGUAGUUUCAUCUGAUUAUUGUCAGUGAUAAGAUUACAUAUCCAGUGGUAUCUAUUUUGCUUAAUCAUGUUUGAAUUUGGGUGAUCUUAAUUUUUUUUUUCGCAAUACUGACCUUUAUAUUUUCCAUUUUAAGCGAGUGUUCAAGUGGGCAUCAAAUUUUAUAUAGUAGUUCUUAUACAAAUACAAAAAUUUGGCUGUAACUGUAGAUUAAAAAAAAAACAUUUGCAAUUUUUGUAGAGAAAUUGGUUUAUUCAGACAAAGAAAAAUUACUAAUUUGAUUAAUUUUAUAUUAAAAUUUGAUUAAAAUUCUCAUUUUCCAAAGAAAUUAUAGAUUACUUAGAUUCGACCUUAUUUUUUCCUUUCCUCUUUUCCAACGGGUAACGAUCAAACCUAAUUCACUGGUUUUUAUUUUUUUUUGUUAACUGUUCUUUAACUUUGUUUUUAAGUCUGCUUGUACUUAAUGGUAAAAGUAUGCUUGAAAGCAAAUAUUUCAACAACGGUUGCAACGAUAGCAAUUUCUUCCGCAUAGUAAAAUCAGACUGCUUCAUUCAAACAUAUUAGGUGGUAGACAUUUUUUUCUAGUAAGGGUAAUUAUUCCUCAACGCUGAGUGUGACAAAAGGUAAGAAAUGAUUCAAGAAAGAGUGCCUUGUAGUAAUUAGACUAGAACUAUUUGAAGAAAGAUGUUUUUACUCUCUCAUUGCUACCACUCAGAGUCUCGCCCACCUCCCUCCAAAAUAGUCAUUUUCCUGGUGGAUAUUUUGGUUUCCAUUUACCCACGUAGGGCCCCGCGUUUUCUACCAAAUAAGGAAAAAUGGAAGCCUCUUGAUUUUAUCGCAAAUGAACCGGCUGCUGAAAGAAUCACUUUUCAAUCGACCACCUGACAACAUGGAAUUCUUCGGAAGCUAUAAUGAAAUAUUUAAUUAAAACUCAUGAAAACUGUUAUAAGUGAGAAAAAAGUAAAAGGCGAUACCAAAGACCACCUGAUUCAGAUAUUGCUUUAACACAUUUAAUUGGAUUUUAUAUUGGGAACAUCAAUAAAAAGUCACACGUUUAUCAUGAGCGUGGACAAAACCACUUCAAUGAGCUUUGGCGGAAUGUUUUCUAAGGCUCCUAAUCUGUUAGGGUGUCAAGUGUAUUAUACUAACUUGAAAACUCCAAAGGCCUAUUCACCUGUGCAACAACAUGCGCUCAUUAUUCCUAGAAAUUGGCCGAUUGAAACAUGUCUUCAUUGCAAUAUUUCGAUGCACAGCAAUUCUUACCAAAUAGUUUCCAUUUUUACAAAGAAAUUGCUCAAUUCAUUGUGAUCAUGCUUACUCCUUUAAUGAAAUAACAGGGAUUCUAUGAAAGCCUCGAUUAGCUAAAACUCUAUCGUUUAUUGCACCAGCAAACCCAUAGAAAAUUGAAAAAUACUGUGUUUUGUUUUAAAUUCAUUUUGUAAAAACAUAGACCGCAAUUCUAUCGGUUUACCAAUGUAAAGGAAAAGGUAUGGCACGACGUAAAGGUGGAUUUUUAUGAUAGCCAAGUAGGAAGAAUAGGAUACCUAUUGCCGGGCCAAACUCUGUUUAUAAUGAAAACAUACUUAUAAAACUAAUCAAUAAAUAUGAAAAAAAAGGGAAAAGAAUGAGCAUCGAACUCAAAACUUUUGAAUCAAAAUGUGUCUAGCCAUAAGGUCGCUUUUGUUUCUUUCUCUUCUGCAGCUUCUGGAAGAGAAUUGCAUGAUGGUUAAAGUUAGUUACGAAUCUCACUUAGGCUGUUCCUUGUGGCCCGGUGGAGAAAUUUAUUGUCCUGCUUACUUAGGGAGAUGUAAUGGAAUACAAUAGCGACCAACUAGCUUUACACGGGAUUUUCGGAUUAACAUCUUCUUUUUUAUGUGAUGCUAACAUCAAAAAAAUGAACUCAGAGGUCAACGAAGCCCUACCAGCGGUGCCCUAAUCAGUAGUCCAUUUCUGAGUUCUAAACAGCCUCAUUUUCAAAAUGAGGCCACGUACAAAACUUUCUUAAAAUGUGCUGAUUCGAGUUAUUUUUAUUUUGAAAGCUUUGAGCUUGGCCUCGUUUUAAAACAGUGGUUUGGAGAAUCUCGGAAAUGGCCCCUAUUCAACGCCUGAUAACAAACACCUAGAUAUUUAGUGCUUCAAAAUGCGACUUAUAUUCUCAAAUGAAACGACCUCAACUGUCGAACCUCGAAUUUGGGAUUCCUGUGCCCCAUGAUCAGGUAUGAGGUAUGACCUCAUACCUGAGAAGGAAUAACUUUUCAUCCAUGUUGCUCAUUACUUUUUUGCAGGUCUCUCCCGCGCGCACCGUUUAUCUCGCAGGAGCCGCUCUGAAAACGCACUGUCAGCAGCACAGAAUGGAAACCGCUCAAAACUAAGUGUAAGUUUCCGGUCCUUGUGAUCUAUUGAUGCUUCCAUUUAACCAUAAGACUGUUUAACACAACAUUUGCCCUUCAUGCUACAUCUUUUUUCAUCGAUGCGCCGUAAUAUAUUUGAAACCCUCUUUGCUCCAAAAUUCUGGUAAAAUUUGGAAAGUUUCUUAUCCCUCGUUGUUCCAAGGAUGUAAAAGCAGAUAACGGCAGCACUUCCACGCAAGUUGAGCUGGAGGAUCACUUAGAUUUUUCUUUUUUAGCAAGGGGUGUUGAGAGGGGGCGAAAGUCGUUCAACUCAAAUUUUACCGUUAGGUUUAGAAGCAUUCAAUUUUUAUUUUAUGAUCGCAAUGUGUCAAUAAUACAUGGUUAGGUAAGCAUUUGAGAGGUUUGGACCUGGCCCAAUUAUUUUUUGAGAGCUACUUAACCUUUAAAUCUCAUAAGCGAGCGAACAUUGCAAACAUUGAUAUCAAUCCUCCGCCCAACAGCCCCGAGCAAAUUGGUCCACCACGAGGUGUUGUUGUUAUAAUAUUAUUCUGCCAAGUUCAUGCACUCACCAGAGUAACAUUGAUUUAAUUUCAUGGUUUCAUCGAGGAGACCUGCGCUAAUAAUCACAAUAAAUUAAAUUCAUUCCAAAGAUAAAAACUGAGUCCUGAAACAAAAUUAUAUUAAUGGACAGUUAACAUACUCAUUAAUAAGUUCAUACGAUUUGCAAAGUGAACCCCCCUGCGGGCACUUUGGCGUAAAUGCGACAAUACCCUUUCAGGAGAUAAAAAUCUAAAAACCGUAUUGUUACCUUUUAUUAUUUACUUCUGAGCUUAGCAGCUCGCAUUUUUCUUCGAUGUUAUCUUGUUUCAAGUUAGUAGCCAGUUAUAGUAUACGUUCCUUUUAAGGAAUUGUAAUGGUGUUCAUCGACCAAUAUAGCUCUGCUCUAAUGAAACUAACACCAUAUUAAGUUUAGUGUGCUAGGAGAUGGGAAAUCAGUGCAAAGCUCUUCUGGAAUUUUAUCCAAAAUAUUAAGGACGCCAUCCUUUCCCUGAAUCUUUUUAGAUGCUAGGUUCAAUGACUCAACAUACAAUUCCUUCUACAGUAUAUGUUUUUUGUGGGACAUUAAACGAUUCGUAUCCAUUAAUUAGAAGCAGAUAUUUUGCUUACAAUUUCGUUGUAAAUGUACUCAAAACGCCAUAUUGCUCGCGGUUAAGGCUUGGGUCCGACAUUGUUCUGAACAAUGUAGAGUAACUGGCGCAGCGGGAUAAACAAGGCACGCAUAGAAAUUUUCUCUAGAAAAUGUAACCGUGGUAUGUGGGCAACAGUCUUAUAACUGCCAACUGAUUUGGAGUCUGUAUCCAGUGAACUUGAAAAAUUGCAAAGCGGACGGAAUUUUUACAGAAAUCCUACAUGCCGUUGGUAAGUUAGUGUUAUUCAUAAGUUAAACUCGUGUCACCAUGAAUGACUUAAAGUUUGUUUACCUUUUCUUUUUCUAGUCGCUAAAUUACCCUUACGCGUGCCUUGUGACAUGAGCCUUUAGGUAAUUUUUGAAGGUUUCUCUUAGCGGCAGGAACUUAAGUAUUCAAGAUUAAGUAAAGUGUGGGUUGUAGGAACAGUGCUUGUCGUGACUGAGGGAAAUUUCUCUUCGUGAUGCUCUCCUCUUGAAACUUUUUUAGUAACAUAGCAUCACGCAUCUAUGAGUAAAAUAUGCAAGCUUCGUAUGGAAUGAUCAUUUUUCCUUUCUGAUAUCUUGAUCAAAUCAAGGAGAAAAAAAUUAUUGGAAUGUUCAGAGUUCGACAACGGAAAAUUGCAAUGCGUGCUCUCUUUGUGGUAAUUAUUCAAAUUUUGUGACAACUCAAGAAGUUAAAAACAGGCCAAUAUCCACUCCAUACACUAUUUAUUGGUGUUGCGGUUAUUUUUUGACAAUAAAUUUCACGCCGUGAAAUUAUGAAUUCACAUCUUUCAGCAUUCCGUCUGUGUCCAACAAAGAAACCAUUGUGGCUGUAUUUUUUAACAAUAGAAGGCCGGGAGAGGCAAAGGACUUGAACACAAGACGUAGCUUUCGUUGCCCGAUUGCGGGUGGAAAGACAAAUACAACCUGUUCGCAUCUAGCAAAUCAUAAUUAAGAACAUGUUAUUGCAAUUCUAAAAUGGUUUUCGGAAGUCAAUGAGCCUAAGGAAGAGGGCUGUUUAGCAACUGCCUUUUUAGAAAUUUAAGUCCUUACAUUUCUUUAUUAUUUUGUUUAAAAUGACUGCUACUUUCUCUGAGGAAUAUCUAUAUCGUCAGAAAACUGAGUAAGUAUUCUUUAAAUCGAAAUGUUUGAUAUUUUCCUUACAUUUGCACAGAGGCGCCGUGAAGUAGCAAUUAUCAGUAGCUUGACCCAUCUGGAAACUUUGAUUAAAUAUUCAUUUUAAGACUUUUACUUCUUUUAGGACUUUUUUUCCAAGAAAAUUGCUGAUGGAAAACGCAACCGCUCAUUAACAAGAAGUUUGUUUUUACCCGGAACGAACAAUUAUGAUAGGUAAGUUAAGGAGCUUGCAAAUAUUGGAGAGCAAUAUUUACAUCAUUAAUUAAGUAAGAACAAAAACAGGCGGCCCAAGCUCCAGCUGUGAGGUGAUCAUCUUGCGCAAUGACAGUCAUGGCGAAAUUAUAAGAGUUUGUAUGGGAAUAUUUACGACUGCUCUAAGGAAUAAAAAAAUACGUCAAAUUCUCAAUAAAUACCUUACCUUACUUCUAGAGUGUAUCGCUUGUUAUCUGACCGCUUACUUUGAUAAAAAGAAUCCAUUUUAGCGAGUUGUCCAUUUCGAGGUUUUCCACGUACAUAAGAGAAGCCUUAAUUCCAUAUAGCGGUCGUAAAUAUUCGCAUACAAACUCUUCUAUUUCCGCCAUGACAGUUAUUGCGCAAGAUGGUGGAGCUUGGGCCGCCUGUGGAAAAAAUGGCUACCUGGUGUUUCGUUCGUAUUGAUUCGCGGUUGAUCACCUUUCUCUUGCAAAUCAUUACAGUUUAUAGACUUAUAUUCACCAGAAAUAGUUUUGAAAAAGUCUUGAGUAAAUUUAGCAGAAAAACCAAUUAACCAAUUAGAUAUAAAGCAGGUGCCUAGGAGACGUGCCAUAUUGAAAUAAAUACGAUUAGAACAAACGGAAAGAACUUAUCUUUCAGUAAAAUCACUCGUGCAAUAUAACUUCAAGAGAGUUUUAUGUUCUCAGAGACAUGUUCCUGUAUAAGUUAUAGAUAAGUAGAUUGAUUCUCUUUUUUUGUUUUUUGCCAUCGGAAAACGCAUGAGAAAACUUUUUCGUCACGUUUCAUUUCAAAUAAGUAAAUAGAAUUUCCGUGGACGGCUAGGAACUGUGUUAAGCGAUGUAACCAUUCACGAAGCCAAAACGAACUCCCCUCAACUUCAAUCAGAGAUUACCCUUUCUUAGCGAUAAGAUUUUCAUCAACAGUUUGAGGGCAGAUCCUGCCAGGACUGUUGUUUCAGUGGAUUCAGGACUAAAGUCUCGAGCUCUUUAUCAGGGGCGGAAGAUCUUUGGCGGUCUUUGUUAAGGACUCAAGGAUAAUCAGAUAAACAGGAAAGGGGACUUCUAAAAAUAAAGUGGUCUGUGAAACUGCUUUAUCACGGAUGUAUGAAAUUUUUUCUUAUGGGAAUUUUUUGUCUCAAUUGAAACUCUACCUUAGAAGCAUUUUUUUUCCAUCACAAUCGUUUGAUUCUUCCUUAGAAGCAAUCGUUUUUACUCAACCUCAGUAGCAUUCAUUGACUCUACUUUAGAAGUAAUCAUUUUACUCUACCUUAGAAGCAUUUCUUUUUCCAAAACGGGCAUUACAAUCGUUUCGCGGCGAUUUGUGUAUAAGAAUACAGUUUACACAGAGCGACUUUUUUCAGGAAAAAAACCGAAUUGGAAAUACAGUUACCAUGUUAAUACGUUUGCACAUAAAUGUAUAUCUCAAUUUAUCCCUUUUACCCCUAAAAGUGAUUAGCAAAAAUAUUCCUUCUCCUUACAACAUCGCCCCUCACAUAUUAAGGUCGCACUGUGAAUCAAGGUUAUGACCACAAACUUAAUAAGCCCUUGGUUGCUAAACAACCUCUCCUUGUAAGCACUAUAGGAAAUGUAUAGAGAACAGGAUGAAGAAUGUGUUUACUGAUGUUAGGAUGUAAAGGGUUAAUACAGCGAGAUUUCGAAACAAUAAUGCAAUCUUGAAGUUUUAUCACGGAAACUUUGAAUGUCAUUAAACUAGAAAACUAGCUAGAGUAAGCUGAAAAGAGUAGUAUGCGUUUGAAACCUGGUGAAUAUUUCAUCCAAUUAGAGUAAAUUUUUGGCGGGGUGGAGAGAAUUCAGAAAAGGACACCACGGUAACGCAUUAGCAGAAACGGUUUCUGACACCAAAGACUCGCCGACAAACUCUGCAGGCUUGGUUUAUUUGUCUCAUUGUCUGUUAUGCCGGUGAGAUUUUUGGAGAUUACAGAAUAGGCACUCUCUCGCUUUUUUUUCUUUUUUUCUUCAAUCCUAUAUUUUAAUUUCUCUUCCGCCGGCGUUGAUGAAUGCCAUAAGACGCAAAUUACACGUUCAAAUAUCCCGUCACGAAAUAUUGUGGCAAAAUCCCUUAGAGCAGAACGGUUGUAAUUUCUGUUUUAAUCAGGCAAUUGAACCUAAUAAGUCUCAGAAUGUGAGAGAAUGAGCUUUCAAUGCACUACGAGUAAUUAUCUUUAUUAAAAAAUUGUUUGCAUGGUGCCAUUAAUUGCUUCUUCACUCCCAUUGGCAGUCGAGUAAUUUAAGUAAUUUUUUUCUGUAUAAUAAACUGAAUUCAAUGGUUAUACAAAAGCCGUGAAAUAUUCCGACCAAACCCGCUAAUCCCUUGUCUUUGUGUUCGCUUAGCAUGCCAUUCUUUUGAGUAAGUCAUGUUUUGGAAAUACAAGUCACCCUAAAAGUUCCUCUAUGAGGUGCCCAGGUUGUAAUGGGUCGAUUUUUCGGUGAUGGUUGUUAUGCAGUAACAACAAUAGGAAGCAAACUGUGGUUAUUAAUUUAACGACAGAUGUCAUGAAUCGUUUAUAAGUUGCCUUGAAUAUGCAGAUGCCUUCCAUUUACGUUUCGGAGGCAACUCCAAGCGUGAGGGCCAUAGCACGGUAAGCUUCUCAAUAUUAUCAACCAAAACAUUGCCCAGUAAAGCCGCUCUCUUGGCUGACAGUUACAACAAGCACUGCAAACAUAUUGCAACAUAAGCUGCCGUUACUGCAAAUUACAUCUCCUCCGCGGAGUUGUUUGCAACGAGGUUACAUCCAUUACGAUCUAAGCGCAAAUUAGUUUUUUGAAACGAAAUUGAAUGUUGAGGCACAUGACAGUGACAAAAUACGUUGAAAAGCGAUUUCGUGCUGUAGGUCUUGUAUUUGAUUAGUUUUUGGCCUCAUUAAUAUCCGUUCUUGGCGAAGUUUACUCAUUCCAAGGGCUUUACUGUUGUCCUUUCAUAUCCUGAGUACUUCUCUUUGAUUUAGCCGGUGUGUGGAAUAAAGGAUUUGUCCCCCAAUUAGUUUCUGGACUCUUGUAAGUUCAGAUAGUGUGCCGAACGACACGAUUUUAACAUAAUGAAAUUUAUUAAUGUAAAAGUGAAAAUCUUAGUGUUGCACUACGGGUUGGAUACGAAAACCCUUUAUUUAAUUUGCUUGCCCCAUCAAGAUGUUUUGUCCACGGAUAUGAACUCAUGCAUAGAAUUAAGCCGCUCUUUCCGCCAGCUUUAAAAGCCCUCAACAAGAAAUAACUCCUAGAAAUAUUUCGGCUGCGUUAUUUUCUGAUAAAAGUUUUUCCAGCUUUUUUCCGCCUUCGCAGCUGGAAGAAAAACACAAUUUUACUUUCCAGAAGAAGUGAAUCAGAAAGAAUAAGAUCUCAAGUACUGAAUUAUGCUACAAUAUUGAGUCAUUGUUCAUUAAUAGAUCGUAAAGCAAACUUAGAGACACUGCUAUGCAUAAAUUAUCCUUCACUUGAUGAUGCUUUUGGCUGUUUUCAGAUCUAUUUUUGAUUAUUAUGUUUUUCGGUUUCUUCUGCUAAAAGUCAUAAAUGCCACCUGUUUAAGACAACGCCGUAAUUCCUCCCUCAAUUAGCCGCUUCUGUCAAAACUCGAUCUUAAUUUCAUUCAAGUUCUUAUUAACUUAAUUAUACGUUAGAUUCGGUCAUUGAUUCUCCAAUCACGAGGUAUUUGCGGCAGUUGUAUGAAGUAAGAGUGAUGUGUGUUGACACGAAGCUCACUGUUUGGUUAUUAUGCCGUACGCGCGUUUGAACUCGUGAGUGUGAUAGAGACAUUUCUGGUGCCAGCGUGUUACGUUUUGAGGUAAUUUCAUAAAAUCUUUGCCUUUCUUUUCCAGCGGGUUUUCGAGUCUGAGCCCUCCGGCGAUUCCGAGAUGGAGAUCGCAUGAAACAUUGGAGAGCAAAAUGAAAACAACAUCACCAGUAAGUGAAUCAUUGUUUGAAAUAGCGCAUGUAAACUACAGAGACUAAAUGGGAUCGUCUAUCAUAGGCCAUUGAGUAUGAUCUUUUUUAGUAACUGUUCAAGUUGGAGAGGCAGAUUCUUUUUAGUUACAUCGGUAAAAGCUGUUACAACGUUUCAACUCGCGUGAAGUCGAAAGAAUCUUUCGAAGUUUCAACUUUAACUUGCCUUCCAGAGCCUUCAACUAAAGUUAUGGAUCUUGUUUAGUAACGCCACAAUAGUUUGUGUGAGAAGUUGGUGUUCGUACUAUGGCAAUGAAGACUUUUUCAGACCUUGGUGGUGACAGUCUUGUUAGCAAAUUGUAAAAAAAAAAAUCGUAAAAUGUGUUGGCGGUCAAAUCAUUGUAAUCUGUCACGUGCUUAGCAAUUUAGAAGAUUGUUUUUGAGAAAUCACAGCUCUAAAACUCAUCCAAGUUUAACUUGUGGGCCUUGUGUGUUUCUCCCUCAUAAAAACGACUUAAAUUUAUCAAAUUUAAUUUCUUUUUUCUCAUUUCAUUUUAAAUCAACGCAUUAAAGGUCAUGUUUGAAUUACUAGUUUGGGUUACAUUCGCCGCCAGUUUGAAUUGUAUGCACAUGUCAAACACAAACAAUGAAACAGUAUAUACAACAAACAAGGAUGCUGCUCUGUUCACCAAUAAUGUAAGAAAUGUAAACCGUCCAAGAUAGUAUUGUUGCCACACAGUGAAAGCGCUGUUCUCAUGGACACUGACACUCGCAGUUUUCAACAUUUUUGUAACUUUGAGUCAAGUAAGAAACGGAUGGGAGUCUCGGCCACGUUGUUGUAUUUUUUCUUUUAGAACGAGAUUUGCAAGAUCUGCUUGCUAGACAAUAUUUGUGAUAGCGCCAUCAACUGUUUGAACAACGAACCCAGCCUUGAAAGAGGUCUUUGUGUUAGAUAGUAAUUGCCUUAAAUUGUUUUCACCACAAGGAAUGAUGUGGGUCGCAAUAAUUUACAAUGGACAAAUUAGAGACAAAAACUACAUUCAAACAGCUUGUCUAACAUAUGUCACCUUUGAUUUUUCCAAAAGCUCCAGGACACCUUGAUAUCUCACCUCAGUUCAUAAUUUGUAUUUCGUGCCAUUAAUUGAUUAGUAGACAAACAAAGUCAUACAGUGUAACUCUUUUUGUUAUAUUGUUGUUUGUUUUGGUCGAAUAUUCGUUCAUCUUGUGUUUUUUUUCUUAAGUCAAUCUAAUGAAAACAGGUGUGAUUGCGUCAGUAGAGUAGAUGUUACUGUUAUUGUUAUUAGAACCAUCCUCAUUAUUAUUAUUAUUAACAUUAUUAUUAUCAUUAUCAUUGUUAAAAUCAUUAGUCAGAAAAUCAACCGAUGAUUGCAAUUACAGCUGUCAGAAAAAAAAUGUUUUCUUAAAUUAGAUUUAGUUUAUUGUGAUGUAUUAACCUCGCUGAAAAUCAAUAAAGUACGUACUAUGCAAUGUUUUCAUAAAGCUACCUUUUCGUAGUUUUGAUAACGGAACACUUUUUAGGAUGAUCACAAUUUGUUUAAGAAGUCGUUUAGCUACGUGAAUGAAAAUUAAACCACAGUUAGUUUAUGGGAAAAGUUUUUGACUAUUUUUACUAGCUUUUUCUCCAAAUCAACUCUUUUUUUUUAAUUUCCCCUAACGUAGGAUAGCGUGGACCUGUCAAUCAGUGGUCACGUGACAGUCCGUCCCAUCCAUCCCAGCAUUCUCUCUAGGCAGCACUGCUUCCAAGUAACCACGCCUCAUGAAACCAAGUACUUCUCGUGUCGGAGCUCACAAGAACUCGAAAAAUGGGUUGUAAGGUAAAAAUUUCAUAUCUUCUUGAUGCAAACGCAGUUCAAUUAAUUUUUUUCCCUUGUAAGAAAAAACUUCAAAGACCUCUGAACUCUCAAGCGUGGAAUUCUUUCUUUAGUUUCUUCACAUCUACUUUCCUUGUUAGUAUUUCCGUCUUGAGCGGUUUCCGGCACUCCUCGCCGACUAGUUUUGGUUUCUUCUUUCUUGCUGAGGUGUCGUUUCAUAAUUUAGUUGAUAAUUUUGAUGACAAAUCAUUUUGGCAGCGGCAAGCGUGUUUUCAUGUUUAAAUAAAAUGUGACUUGUCAUUGGUUUGCCAGAGUAAUCACCCAAGCAGGAUGUUUAAAAAAUACGACGGACAGGUUUGUAAAUCACAAGCUUCGAAGGCGAGUGAUUUGCUAUCUCGUCAGAUCUUUUCACCGAUAAAAUGAACCGUCCACUGCUUUUAAAAAACGUGUCAGUAUCAAUCGGUGCAAUGAACGGUAUGUUUUUUGGCCAAUCAGCGCUCGCCUGAUCUCAGCCGUGUCAGUAUUUAUCAAGAGUAAUAGAUCUGAAUUUAAAAAAAUUUAAAAAAUAAUAUAAUCAGCUUGAAAAUUACUUUAUUCCGUUGACAGACUUUCAUAGUAAGGAAGAACAAUCAAAAUGAAUUUCCGCAGAUAUGAAGAUAAAAUUAGUUUAGGUAAUUUCUAAUCAUCACCUAAGCCAAGUUAUCUUAUGUACAUCUUACCUGGGCUUUUCCUUUUCCUUUUCCUCUCGGUCUUGUGCUGUUUAAAAGAGCCAAAAUUCAACAGAUAGAGGUGUAUCGGUAUAUUUUGGCGAAAAAAGGCCUCGUAAUUGUAUAUCGCGCGUCAAGGAUUUUGACAUUUUGCGUUUCCGUUGAGUUUGAAAGAAUUGAAAUUUCCUUUCAACACUUGUUGUGGUAAAUUGUACACACAAAAGAGGAACCCUAACUUUCACUCUAAUUUUUCUGUUUUAUUUUGAGGAUUGUAUUUUUAGAAAAACUUGCGUUAGCUGCCUCGUACAAUUUUCCCACUUCCGUUAAAACCUUUUGAUUUCACUUGCAUUGUCACAUUUUAAUUGUUUUUGGUUUUGACUGAAGUAUCGGUCGAUAUUUCGCUCACUUUAAUUUUUCUAGAAUCAUGAAGUGAUUUUUCGAAAAUCAGCUCGAGUUGCAUUGCCUUGCGUCAUCAUCUCGCAAAGCUGAUACGACUCUUUCUCUUUCCUUCUCAAGUUUCAUGUUGGGUAGAGUUUAAUCUACUUUUCUUUGCACGAUGUCAAAAGCAUUAACAAACUACCAAUGAAAACAAACAGAUUUGAUAUCAUAUUCAACACCAACUGAUUAAUCAGAAACGAAGGCAUACAAAGUGGGACAGCCUAAGACAUAAAAACGACUUUACCUAUAACGAGACUUGGCGUAAGCCUCACGACAGACCUGUCAUUAUAGCGGAAGUUAAACAAACUUUUGCUUUCGCUCAGUUAGUUCAGUAUUUCAUUGAUUGAUUGAUGGGUUGACAGCGUUAAUCUCAGAGCUUAAAUAAUGCGCGCAAAAGAAAACAAAAAGAACAUCUCGACGUGGUCGCUGAGUGAAUCAUGGAGCAUCGUUAUACAAGAGUGUGACCGCCUUUAAUUGAAGUUCUCACGAUUACUUAAAAUGGUUCGUCACCAGGAAGAGUAUGGAAGGUCAAAAAUAAUUUCACGAUUUGGUUUCGCUCGAUUUUUCUGUGUUUGGAUUACUUUCAUCGUUGUUAAAGGUUAAGAUCUCUUGUCUAAGCUUGUUAAAAAUGGAGUCAGCACGCCUAAGAAGUGAUAUCGAUUCAGUCGAUCUUGAAAUACGGCAACACUAAUACUAUUAUAAACUGUUUCGUUUCAGAAAAGCAUCUAAUCUUCGGUGAGAGAAAAUUUGAAAUCCUUUAUGUACGCGGGACUCAGUAAUCAGAGAGAGAAAAACAAUGAAUGAGAAAUUUUAGUCAUGCUCUUUGUUUUGUUUUAAAUAGGUUAUGAAACCAAGAGUUGAGGAAAUUGUAACGUAUAUUUUAUUUAUUUUAUCACAGCAUCAAGAAAUCAAUCCAGCCAACGAGAGAUGUACAGUACAGGACGGACAUCGGUUUAACAGUGUGGAUUGUGGAAGCCAAGGGUCUGACUGACAAACCUAAACGACGGUGAGGCGAACGGUGAUACCUAAUAUAUCAUUUCGGUUAAAAUUCGGAAAAUUUCGCGUGUCCUAUACAAUGGCGUGACGUGCAGUCACAUGAAAGGAUUGUAUCGAUUACAUUUUAGAUUUAUCGUUAACUGGUGAUUGCGCCAGAAGUUUUGACGCUAAGGAUGAAGUUUUCUAAAGCUGAUGUAGUCUAAUUCAUGAUAGAGGUUUUCCGGUAUGAACGAAAAUUUUGUGCGUCAUGACUGAAAAAUGAAAGACUUCGCAAAUGUGAAAGAACAACGUCACGUCUGUUCCAACUUGAAAAUUCAGCUCUUUUCAAACUUUUGGCCCUUCAUUCCAGCCUGUCAUUUUCAAUCCACUGUAUUCUUUUACAUCCCUAACCUCAUCAGUCCUCUUGGGUCGUUAUUACCUUUCCGGUGUUUGCCUACUCCGUGAAACAAUUAUUUCAUGAUUUACCCUCGUUCAGCCCUUUCACCCUGAAGAGUGACAGGGAUCUAAUUGCUACUUACAGUAUCACUGCUAAAUCGAACAUUACGGUCAUGAGAGUCGAGAAAAUGAUUGCAGACUCAAGAUGCUCAUGAUAGUCAAACAAGUUCUCCUUGUCGGUAUCAUAUGAAAUGUAUAACGAGCAGUAUAUAGAAUAAUAUAUAGAUUUAUCCAAGCCUAAAAGCGGACCUCGCAUUUUUUUUCCCGCACAUUUCAAGGGCACAACGCCUUGCCCCGGCCAGAACUGGAACCCGGGUCGUCCGACUCGGAGCCCAGUGCACUGAUUACUGGACUACUGGACAAAGACGUGGCGUUGGCGUGCCCGCGGCACAGUUACCCACGCAUGCUAAAAGUAGCACCUUGUACGGUCGUACGGUUGUACAUCCAAAUUUUCGGCUUGAUGGGUUACUACUAUUUUGUACAAUUAUGGGGCUACGCUCUGUGGGCUCCACUAUGAAUGCUGUGAAGGGGGUAAAGGGUUAAAAGGCAAUUUUCUGCGUUGUAGAAAUGACUCAAAGUAUGAUAAAAAGCGCGAAAAAACGUUAUUAACAAGAUAUUGCUACAAUAGCUCGACAACAUUGUGUGACCAUGAUGCAUAAAAAUAUUAAAAUUUGUUGGAAAUUAUUGUAUCCGGUACAAAUCAUUCUCCACUUAUUAUUUUGUGAAAAAAAAGCCGUAAGAACUGAGUGAAACUAUCCCACUUUUUCAUUUCCAGGUUUUAUUGUGAGCUGUUUUUCGACAAGGUUCUCUACGCCAAGACGUCUUCCAAGACGAAGUCCGAUAUUUUAUUUUGGGGAGAGAAUUUUGCUUUCAAGUGAGUUUAAGAAAAAUUGAAGAAACCGUUUGCUUGAAAUUAGCGUUGCAAUUGUUUCGAGCGAGAAGAUUCAUUUCUGUGCAGAAACAUAUCAACCCAUAUUUCGAUAGUUACUGCAUGCGUUUUUUAUAUUUUACGUUUAGAGCAGUUUUGAACUGAGUAUCGAAAGUGAUCGUGGAUUCCACUGGCUUUGCUUUCUUUGCGCUGUGAUUUGUCUAGAAAACUCGCGCCGCCACUUCAGCCAAUCAAAUGCAAAACCUAAACCAAUUCUAACGUGGUCACUUGCGUUUUCCCGCGCUUCAAGCAGGUUACCCGUAUUUACUUGGGUUCCCAUUGGUUGAUGGUGAUGUAACCUUUGAUCUGAUUGGUAAUUUUGAUUACUUUGGUUUUGGUCUUUUGAUGCUCAUCUGAAAAUUGCUCUUAAAGUUUUUCUCGGUGUAGAUUAAAUGUUUUUCUAGUUUGUUUGUUUCUUAAGUUCAGUUGUGAUCCCGUUUGGUGACGUUAUUUGACAAUAAUUAAUAGUCGAUAUGUUUUUCAGUGAUUUAUCAGAAGUGAAGACUGUUACAGUCCAAAUCUACAAAGAAACGGAUGGCAAAAACAAGAAGGAUAAAAGAAAGCCUGUUGGUGAGAAGUUGACAUUUUCUUUAUUUUUGCUCAGGUACCAAAUUGCAAAGAGUGGAUGUGUCAUUUAAGAAUUCGCCAUCUAAGACAUCUUGGAAUAGAUAUGCCACUUUAAAGCAUCUAGAAAAUGCACUCUUUGGUCCACUCCAAGUUUAGUUGUCAAAUGUCUAUAGACAUUAAUCCUUUUAUACUCUCUGUCCCAGGCUCCGUGGACGUGCCCGUCGACUCGUUGGAAAUGGGUGUUGAAGUAGAGAAGUGGUAUCCCGUUACCAUGGAGAGCAACAAGACCAAUGGAGGAGAAGCUUCCAGUAUCAGACUUCGAUUUAAAUAUCAGGUUUACUUUUUUUUAUGAUGAGAUCUGUCUUGAAAUUACCGUUUUGUUUUAUUCAUAGCCUAGCUUCUGUGACUUAUGCUAUGUUGCCCUGCAACUGAUGCACUCGCUCGUCUUGUUUGUCCCUAUACAGAAAGUCUCCAUCCUUCCAGUCAAGAGUUAUGUUGAACUGUCAGAGGUAUUACAUUUUUUCUUUUUUUUUCGUCUCUUGAUCCUAAGCAAUGUUCUUACAAAUUAUUUGGUAUAGGUGUCACGAGUAUCUCUACCAAUCACCAAGGCCUAGUAGACCGAAAUCAGUCCACUCCUAGAUUACUUACAUUGGUAAAUGCAUGUAAUGCAAAAGCAGUGUUAAAUAGCCUUAAAUCAUUUUUUUUUUGGUUUUUUUAUUAUUGGUUUGUUUUCGCUUUAGCACUUGCAUUGAUUUAAUUUACUUGAAUUCUUUUUCUGUUUUGUAUCUCUCCAGUAUUUAAAUCGCAAUUAUAUGACAAUCUGUAAAGCUUUAGAGCCAGUGGUCAGCGUCAAGCAAAAGGUUUGUUGUCAGACCGACUCAUCCUCAUUCAUUCCUUCGUUUAUUCAUGUAUCUGCUGGACGUUAUUUUUUUACUUAUUUGUUUUGUUACAUUUGAAUACAGGACGAGAUUUCUAGAGUCCUUUUAAGAAUACUACAAGCUUGUGGAAAAGCGACAGAGUUUCUCUCGACUAUUGUUAUGGACGAAGUCAAUAACUUGGGUGAGUAAAACUUUUCUUUUUCUAUAGAAUUGAGGUUUCCUCUGCUUAUGACUAUUUUUCCCUGUUUAUAGAGGAUGAAAACCUCGUAUUUCGUGGUAAUUCCUUCGCAACCAAAGCAAUGGAUUCUUACAUGAAAAUGAUCGGCGAAUCAGUAAGUAAAUUUUUCAACUUUACGAAUCUGUUCAGCAGUCUUGUUGGGGCCGACAGGCGGCCGAAUAAACGAAAUGCGUACUGAUAUUGAUUAGGUGACGUGGCCUAGUAGCAUAUGGUUUUGCCUAAGUGUAGUUUCGUGUCGGGGACUGUAAAUGCUAUUUUUUACCGUAGGCGUAAAUCAAUUCGAGGCAACACAAAUGGUGUAAAUUUCUGUAUUUGAAAUAAGAUGAUCUGGAUUAAAGCGUUGUGUUCUACAACUACGAGCCAAAAAGCUCUCUGCGAAUUGUUCCCAACAAGUCUAUGGAAGUUAUAUUGAGAAUUAAGUAAUGAUCGCGCCUGAAAGAGGAUGAGUUCAUUUCCAAGUUCUUCUUCGCGCUUCCUCUGAGGUCAAAGCAUCUCUUGUUCUUUUAGUAUCUGCAAGACACUCUCGGAGAUUUUGUUCAGUCUGUGUAUGAGUUUGAAGAGGACUGCGAGGUAAGAAAAAAAAAAUGUGCUCAGAAAACACUUUUACAGAAUCACAAUUUUCCUUUUCAUGUUCCACGUAAAUGCAGAAUUUGACAUUUUUCCGUCUGUUUCUUUGGUGUUAUCGUGAUUGUCAGUGCAACGCCUUAGUCACCACUCUCUCGCCUAUCAUAGAUGUUCAUUGUCUUUCUUUUCCUUCAGGUCGACCCAUCAAAGAAAUCAUCCGGGAACCUCGAAUCCAAUAAGGAGAAUCUAAAGACUUUCGUAGAGAAGGCAUGGAACUUGAUCAUGUGUUCUGCUUGUCUCUUUCCCAGGUAAGAGUAUUAUAAAUUUUUCUCCCAAACAGGAAAAUGAAGUAUUAAGCGGGUAAUCUAAAGAUAUCAAACAGUUCAUUUUAUUUAAUUUUACCCUUUAGUCGUACAAUUUCUCCCUUUCUCUGGUUUAAAGUCUUUACUCGUCUGUGUUGUUGUUCUUGUUAGCGAUCUGCAAAUAACCUUCCACGAAUUCAGACGUUGGUGCGAAGGUAGAAGUGAAGAUCUGAGUACAAAGUUAAUCAGGUGAGUUAAAAACUUGUGAAAUCAAAGUGAGGAGAAGCUAGGGAAGUACUGUAGUACAUUUUUUCUUUUCUUUUUUUGCAGUGGAUCAAUCUUCUUGCGAUUCUUGUGCCCUGCUAUUUUAUCACCCAGCUUAUUCCAUUUAGUUCAAGGUAAGUAUCAAUAAGAACUAUUUUAAUUCGUGAAGCAUUCGAAUCAGUUCUUUCGGUGUUUACCAACGAAACAAGUCCUCCAUUUGAUGUCGCUUGUUUGUUCGUUCAUUCAUUGCUUUGAGUUAAAAUCCUCCCUUCUUCCCUGUAAUUAAAUUUUCACCCAAUCACCCGAUAUCGUUUUUUAUAUGCCUGUGUGCUCAGCUCUUUGUCAGCAACACCAAGUCUACGGUAAACGAUUGACGUUUCCUAGAUUAACCCUUGAAUACUGAUUUUUUUCGAAAAUUCCUUUUCCAGAAUAUCCUAAUGAGAGAACCUCAAGAGCUUUAACACUGAUAGCCAAAGUAAUCCAGAAUUUGGCUAACUUCACCAGGUAAAACAUUUUAACAAUUUGCUAAGAGAGCACACCAAAUCUUACUAUCUAUCUGUGACGUCAAGCGUGAUUUGAAACAAAAAUUAGGCACGCGAGCGGUACAUGAGUGUGCUUCUGGUGAGUAGCACUGAAAGCUUUUUCAGUUCAAAGCGAGAGAUUAUAAACUGCUUAUACUGAAUCUUUUGGUUCAAAGUUUGCUUUCCACUUUUCUUCAGGUUUGGUGGAAAGGAAGAGUACAUGGACUUCAUGAACGGAUUUGUGGAAAAGGAAUUCGUAAACAUGAGAAAAUUUCUGAAUGAAAUAUCUGUAAGUAAGAUUCAUUUCGUUUUUUAACAUUCUUUUGCUAAACAGUGCCAUUCCCAAGGCAUUAUGGCAUGUUUAACUCAUGAGUAGACUUGGUUUGGCGAGGAAAGUUUGUUUUAAUUCCGGAAAGGACUUUAACUGGAAAACUUGGAAAGCUUACUUUCUCGUUAUGUAGAACACUUUUGAAAAAUUGACACGAUGUCGUCAUGUCUAAUAAACAUGCAUAAUCGUUGCACAUGCAAGUCUCGUAAAACGAAAUAUCUGAUCUAUGCCAAGCAUUUAGUUUUUAAAUAGCAAGCAUUUAAGUUACGUUAACUCCGAGCAUUUUCCAAUCAACUAUUGAAGGUUAGAGUCUAUUUCACCGACCUAAUACGAACCGAAUCGUAAAUGCGCAAGACUAGUUAGUCUUGAUUCUUUGAGCUCCGAAACGAAACUAACUUUUUUAUCGUUGUCGGCAAUUUUUUGGAAUAGUCAAGAACGGACACCACAGAGAAUCAUUACGAAGGAAUAAUCGACAUCGGACGAGAACUGGCUCUUAUGUUCAACAUGUUAAAAGAUCAAACCAGCAAAAUGAACCAGGUAUGUCUCUGAAAGUUUAAGAUCCUCACAUUCGCAAACUAAAGAAAAGCUCCCCACGAAAACAAACUGGCAUCUUGUUCUAAGCACGUAUUGUACUCUGACAUCUUGUUUCCAAAAAUAAUACAUACCGGGUAAAGAUUAAUUCUAAUUGAUGAAAACAAUUGCUUUUUCGUUUAUUUAGGAUGCCCUUGAGACGCUUCGCCCAUUGCAGUUUAUCCUCAAAUCUCUGCAGGAGAUUUAUCAUGAUUCCGAAAGGAAAUUCGCUGUCGGCAAUGAAAGCCUGGUAGCUCACAGGAAGUGGGCAUCAUCGUCGGACCUUGUGAGUGAUCAAGACAAAAACAACAUCACUCUUACUCCCGUUUCACAAAUAAGGAUCAUGAAAUCACCGAACAGAAGGACUCAGAGUCCUCCAAUUAGAACAUCUUCGGAAUCUAACCUUGUUUUCAAUGGCGGCACGGCGGCGACGACCCCCGAACACUUAAUGACUUCUCGUUACGACGAAUCCAUUUUAUCACCCAUUUCCGAUAUCGAUCCUCCAAGCUUAUCACCGCGACUACGACCGAACUACGAUGAUGAUUUACAAAGCAGUUUUCGCCGACGAUCGUAUCGGAGAGCGAUCGCAUCCGACGAGGUAAGCAAAGUCAUUCCUGGUGCAAUCGAGCGAGAACGAAGCUCGUCCGAAAGACGUUCGCUGACGAGAAAUUCGGAUUCACAUCGGCGAUCUCAAUCAGAGAGCCCUCAUGUCAUUUCAAGUGUGGACAGCGGGAGUCCUACUGAAGCACGAGUUAUUUACAAAGGAGAAUUAUCAAACUCGCGAUCGAGUCUCAAAUCAAAAGAGAGCGCAAACCAUAGACACUAUAGAGCUGUUUACGAUUCACGCCAAAGGGACGGAAAAGAUGGAUGCUUGAAACGAAGAGCACUGCCUCGUGGCGUGCCUCCUGGAAGCUCGCCCAUUAUAACAGAUCGAUCUCGAACUUCGUCACCCGAGCCUCCGCCCCCCCCGAGGCCGACCGCGCCCAAGCCACUCCUUUCAUCAGCGUCUGUGGACCCGAGCCACUCCUCUCCUCGUCUGAACAACCAUGACUCAUCGAGGUUUCUCAAUCCCGCCGUUGGUCGUGUGGCUCGCAGCCCGUCGGGAACAAGUAGUAGUUCCAGUGGAAGUGAAGAGAGUUGGCACAGUGUUGGAAGUAGUGUCGAAGGUGGGGGAGGGGGAGGUGGUUCAGCCAGGAGGAGGGCGAGGAAGAUGCCACGGACACCUAGUCCAGAGGACAGAAGGAGGGAAUCUGGGUAAGUGACAAGUCUUCAAGCUAUUAUCCCUUUUUUGUAUCUUUAUCCUAGGAACAAUUUCCAUAGAUUUCUUUUUUUCCGCUUAUUUUUAAAUUUACCACUAUUUUUAUCAACCGUUUAAGACUCUGGCUUCAGUGUGACUUACAAUCCAUGCUAAGGCCUUCAAUGUCUGUCUAUUAACUCUUUAACCCCUAUGGGUGACUAGCAUCUCACUUCUCGUUACAAUAUAAUCCUAGAAUCACCCAUUAAGGUCAUGAGAUUAAAGAAAAUUACCAUCAGCCAAAGAUGCUCUUGAUUGUUGAACAAAUUCUCCUUGUUAUCACCUUAGGAAAUGUUUAGAGAACAGUAAGGAGAAUAUGCAAGUUGAUGCUAAGGUGUAAAGGGUUAACAGCGUAAGACUAUUUAGUUUUUGGCUUACUCUAUUUUUUACACGGAAAUCUUCGAUGUGAGAAAAAAAAAGCAAUCUAGGUCCAGGUUUUGGCUCAAUACUACAUAUUAGUUCCAUUCCCUAGCUUUUAAUGUCAGUUCUUCCAUACAAUUUUCGUGCUUUUUCUAACUUUUGGCACUGGUUUAAUUCCUUCAUAACGUAUUCUUCCCAUCUGCCAAUAUCUCACGUGCUAUAACGAGAGUGAUAUUUAAAUCACUCUUGAGCCCUAAAGAGCUGAUAUCAAAUCACUUAUCUCGUUUUUGCUUUUUAAAAAUAUGAAAAUAGAAGUUUAGAGCCAGAAAUCUCGAGCAGAGAUUUACGUUUCCUAGUUUCUAGAUUGAACUUUUUAACAAGGUCUAUUUUUUCUGGGGAAAAUGUCUUAAGAACCUCGUUAAAGUUCCGACCCUGACGUUUAUUUCUUUGCCACACCCUUACUCAUCGUCAUUUCCCUCCUCCCCCUCCUCCCCCUCCUCCCCCUCCUCCCCCUCCCCUUCCGUUUAAGCUGCGUUUCAUCUUCCUCAUUAUUAUCACAACUAAAACGAAAUCUAGACGGUCCAGUUAAAUGAUGGGAUAAGGUUUUCUUUUAGUAGUCAAGACAGGAUCACUUCAGACACCACCAUGGACUCUAACGCACUUUCACAGACUUGCUCUCACAGUUGAUAUUAGCCGCUGGAAGUAUAUUGAUAUAUCAAUGGAAAGUCUCUUACCUCUAGCCAUUUCCACCACUCGAUCCGGUUACUAAAGUUUCCAUGGCAUGCAAUUUAUUUUUAGUUCUAGAUUUCGUCAUGAGUUUUUUUAUAUUCAUUAAUGCUGAGUCAGAUUGACAUUUCUUAGAGAUUACUUCUUUUGUGCGUCUAGAAAUGUCUGGCCAAGGCAGCAAAAUCAGGUACUCCUCGAUAAGGUUCGUGCCAGGAGAGAAAUAUAGGCUCAAAGAGCUGUCUCUUCAGAAGCUUCAGAAAGAGACUGGCUUGAAAAAUCGACAGGCCUUAGAUUGUUUUUCUGACGUAACAGCCGUUUACGGUGAAAAUUUGCUUUAAGUAUGAUCUUUCUUCGAGCUCAAAAAUACAAUCAUGAUACAAGUGGCUGCAUUUGAUAGAGGCUUGAUAAGGUCAUAAAGAAAUCCCUCCUUCGUUCCAUAUGGCAACUUACUUCUUUGAACAUUUUUUGUCAUUGAUUUUGUUUUAGUUUUAAGAAUUGACCCGAAAUAUGGUCUCAAUGAGGUGAUAGCUUUUACGACUAAGGGAUAAUUUUUCCUUUUUUUCACCGUUUUACGGCCAACGGUUAACCCCAUCGAGACCCUCGAGAAACAACCGCUUCCUUUCAGUGCUGGAUCUAAUAUGACUGAUGUAAAUUAAUUGCCUCAAUCGCUUCUAAGGACCAUUUUAUUUCACAGACUCUAUUGUUGCCUCACCCUUAAGAAUAUUACUUUAGGUUAUAUUUCACAAUGGUCAAAGAAUGAAUAACAGUGCAAAAUCACUCAGAAAUACCCUUGAGGUUUCAAUGAGUUGAACACUCUGAUGCAAAUACUAUAUCUGUUGCUGUUACAAAGAACAAAAGCAAACAAAAGAAGACUCGUUCCAGAGCUUUCCAACAAUAGUCCAGUCCAACACGAAUGUAAUUAAGGUUGGCUGGAGUUCGAUCCUGAAUUUUGACAAGCAAACGGAACUUUACUCAUACUCAUAGUGAUUAACACUGUGCGUAUAAAAACGUCAAGCGUCCGUUAGUUCGAUAAAAGCCUCAAUUUCUAUUUAUUUUGUUUGACUCAACAGCAGCAAUCCUUGGGAGAGAAUGCCGCCCCGAGCUGAAGACGCAUUUGACAAUGGCUAUGACGUUCCGCCACCAAAAACAGUUGCAGAGGUGAGUUUGUCCCUGUCAUCUGUUUCUCAAGUUUUAGUCGAACUAAACAGUUUGAUACUAAGGCCAAACUUAACGAAUUUUUAUGUUCCAAAUCACUGUUUAGCUAACCCAUGUUGUGACGUUUAUUUGCAGGGUAUUGCUUUGCGUCUCGUAUUUAUUCAAUACAAAUAUUACAAUCAUGGUAAUCUUAAAGAAACGCUGAUCUGAAAUAACUUCACUCCUUUUGUGACAGCAAACCGCAACACGAAUUCGUGCUCCGCGAGUAAAUAUAAAGUUUUUCGAUGCAAAACAAAAUAUUCUUCCAAGAAAAUUCUACCCAAUUGGUCUCGCAUCUCUAGUUCGGUAGUGACAGAUGGUCUUAGGAAACAUCUAUUUGCGUUGUGUUCGGAGAUCAUUCUUUCGGUAUACUUAAUAAAGCGCCUUUUUCAAACCGGUCAAAAGAGGCUCCCAGAAUAAUACAUCAUGUGAAGAUCCCUUGCGGGCAGAACUUUUCCGCGAUGUUAACCUGUAUCAAUGACGUUCCAAAUCAGUAUACUUAGGUCGACUAAAUUGCAUUUUGAUUUAUCUAAGUAGAAUAGGGUUUUGCUGAAACUCAGAGUCAAUGUCUGUUUUUAUUGCCUUGUGUUACAAUUUAAUUGGACUUUUCACAAUAUAGGAAUAUAUUAUUAUCCUAGUGGGUUGAGCAGGGUCAUUUGGGAAAGGAUUUCAAGUGCAAAAGUGCAGCCUUGUCAUCGAGAAACAAUUAGACAAUACCGUGCACAUGACAUGUCCUCUUAACCUUACGGUUAUGGUCGAAUGACAUGUAGAUCACAAUAUAAUGUUGAAGUUUCUAAAUGUAGCCAGCUCGAAAAUCUUAACUAGCAAUAAAUAGAUCGAAGAUCUGUGUUAGGUAAUAGAGAGCAAAUUUUCCUAGCACGGGUAAUGCAAAAGAAGUGUCACGGUCCAGUUCAGGUUAGCGUGCGAACCAACGGACAAACAAAUUUAUCAAGGGGACGAAUUGUUUUACGAGAAAUUACUUGUGAAAAUUUUUGAUUGACGCUUUUCUUGCAACUCUUCAUUUCAGUACGAGAAAGAACUGCAAGAUCUCCGAGAAGAGCUGUUGCAAACAAAGAGAACUCUGGCUUCGACCCACGAACAGCUCAUCUUACAAGAAUCCAGCACACACAAGCUGGUAGCAUCCUUCAAGGAAAGACUAGCGGAGAGCGAAAGUAGUCUACAACAAUUGAGACAAGAAAAAGACAAAGAAAUGAAAGAAUUACUCGACCGCUUGGUGAGCGUCGAGACAGAACUGCGCCAAGAACAGAGAGAAAUGCAAGAGGUGAUUCAAGCCAAGCAGGUCAUAAUUGAAGCUCAAGAAAGACGAAUCAAAUCAACUGACUCGAGCAAUGCCCAGUUGAUCGCCACUUUGAACCAGGUUGGUGGUUCACGAGCGAGCAACAAAGUGCUGAAUUAUCCGAGCAGUGACCUUUAGUCUGUUGAGGCCUGGUGACGGGUGGAAAAAACUCUAGACUUUUUGAGCCUACAAUAGAAUGUCCAACGGAUACACAGGGUCAUCUUUUCCAAGAAAGAUGUGGUUUGGACGAGAUGACCGUCUCGAUAGGCAUGAAAAGUGAAAGUCACAGAAAUACGUACCAAAAUACCCAAAAAACUCCCGACUACCUACCACGUGUCCAGGCUCUCUGGGCCCUUGUUGCUCUUUGAAAUACUGGUAACGACGCCGAAGUGUUAUUGUACCUGCAUGGUCAAAUGCCGACGUCAAAAAUCAGAUCAGUUAUCCAAUCUGAUUUCACUUUUCGACCACCUUUAAGAUUAGUAUACUGAGAGAGUAUUCCAAAAAUUUUUGAUUGGAAAUAGACCGAUAAAAAAAAUUAAGUGUUUAUACGGGAAUAAGAGCUAAAUAUAAGUUGAUGUAUAUUUCCUUUCACCAUAUUUCUAUUUAUUUAUCAAGAUAUACCCUUCAAUUGCUUUUUUUGCUUAGUAGUUAAGAACGUGGUCCUGUACAAACGUCUCAAUAAUUUAGCCGCUAAUCAAGUUCUUACAGAAAGCGAUCAUUUAGAUCGU